GUGGACAGGAGCGGCCAACGCAGGACGCCGGUGGCGUGGGGGACAGCUCUGGGGCAGGCGGCCAGGAUGUUUCUGGAGCCCCAGGAAACUAUGCCCCAGACGUCUGUGGUCUUCUCCAGCAUCCUCGGGCCCAGCUGUAGUGGACACGUGCAGCCUGGCAUGGGGGAGCGAGGUGGAGGGGCCGGCGGCUCUGCGGACCUCAUCUUCCAGGAUGGACGCCUCAUCUCCGGGUCCCUGGAGGCCUUGAUGGAGCACCUGGUCCCCACAGUGGACUAUUACCCCGAUAGGACAUACAUCUUCACGUUUCUCUUGAGCUCUCGGGUCUUCAUCCCCCCUCAUGACCUGCUGGCCCGUGUGGGGCAGAUCUGCCUGGAGCAGAGGCAGCACCUGGAGGCUGGACCCGAGAAGGCCAAGCUGAAGUCCUUCUCUGCCAAGAUCGUGCAGCUGCUGAAGGAGUGGACAGAGGCCUUCCCCUGUGACUUCCAGGAUGAGAAGGCCAUGGCCGAAUUGAAGGCCAUCACCCACCGGGUCACACAGUGUGACGAGGAGAAUGGCACAGUGAAGAAGGCCAUUGCCCAAAUGACGCAGAGCCUGCUGCUGUCCCUGGCUGCCCGGAAUCAGCUUCAAGAGCUACGGGAGAAGCUCCGCUCGCCGGCCGUGGACAAAGGGCCGGUCCUCAAGGCCAAGCCGCCGGCUGCGCAGAAGGACAUCCUGGGCGUGUGCUGUGACCCCCUGGUGCUGGCCCAGCAGCUGACUCAUAUCGAGCUGGAGCGGGUGAGCAGCAUUCACCCCGAGGACCUGAUGCAAAUCGUCAGCCACAUGGAUGCCCGGGACAAACACAGGUGCCGAGGGGACUUGACCAAGACCUAUAGCCUGGAGGCCUAUGACAACUGGUUCAAUUGCCUUAGCAUGCUGGUAGCCACCGAGGUGUGCCGGGUGGUGAAGAAGAAGCACCGGACUCGCAUGCUGGAGUUCUUCAUUGAUGUGGCCCGGGAGUGUUUCAACAUCGGGAACUUCAACUCCAUGAUGGCCAUCAUUUCUGGCAUGAAUCUCAGUCCUGUGGCGCGGCUGAAGAAAACAUGGUCUAAGGUCAAGACGGCCAAGUUUGAUGUCUUGGAGCACCACAUGGACCCAUCCAGCAACUUCUGCAACUACCGCACGGCCCUGCAGGGGGCCACACAGAGGUCCCAGACGGCCAACAGCAGCCGAGAGAAGAUCGUCAUCCCUGUGUUCAACCUUUUUGUUAAGGACAUCUAUUUCCUGCACAAAAUCCACACCAACCACCUGCCCAGUGGGCACGUUAACUUCAAGAAAUUUUGGGAGAUCUCCAGGCAGAUCCAUGACUUCAUGACAUGGACACAGGUAGAGUGUCCGUUCGAGAAGGACAAGAAGAUUCAGAGUUACUUGCUCACAGCGCCCAUCUACAGUGAGGAAGCUCUCUUCAUCGCCUCCUUUGAAAGCGAAGGUCCCGAGAACCACAUGGAGAAAGACAGCUGGAAGACCCUCAGGACCACUCUCCUUAACAGAGCCUGAAGGCGCGGACGCAGCGGAUGCUGGAUGAAGCACACUCACAAACCGAGUCUUAAUCUCGAUUGAUAUGGGUUGAGAUGAGGAGGCCUCACUGGUUGGGGUCCAUUUUGUAUAUAACUUUUAUGGAAAAAAAAAGGUAAUUAUUUCAUGCAUCAAUCUUUGGCACUUACAAAUGAAGUUUUUUUGUUUACUUUAAAUGACAGGGCAGGGCCCUGCUUUUGGGGAAGGGUGGGGAAAGAGUAUCAUGGGAGAUGGCAUCCAUGAUAACAUCUUAUUCUAAUGAAAUGUAGAUUUUUAUUUUCUACCUUUGAUUAUUAACAUCUUACAAAAAUAUUUUAAAAAUACCCAACCAAAAUCAACGUGAGCCCUGCCUGCUUGGAUGCCUUUCCAGCCAGUGUCUCUGAUGUCGGGGUUAGUGCCUUAGAGGGUACUAGAGGGCCGGUCUCCCGCUCCGUUCUUCUAGCCCGCUGCCAGCCAGUGCCGCCGGGGAGGUGCCGGGAAAGCUCUGCUCUGGGCCGCACGGGGCUGCCCUCAAAGCCUAGGCCAGUGAGGUGCCAGCAAGGAGGAGGCCUGUUGCAUAAUGCUGGACGUGAACCUUUGAGUAUGGGCUUUCCAAAGUUUACAUUUUCAUUUUCCUUUAUCAGGGAUUUAUGGGGUCGGGGAGGG